AUGCACUUUCUUUCCCACAGCGUGCGUUGUACAGUCAAAAGGAGACGGGAGUCACUUUAGAACUAUUUCAUAUAUUAAUAUUUUAGUUUUAAUCCAGUGAAAAUAUGGAUCUUGUACAGCCGACUCAGGAGAAUGCGGGACAGAUGGUGAAGGACGAGUUGGCAGAGAAAUGCCAGAAGCUUUUCCAGGCUUUCUUAGAAGAGUACCAGACAGCAGACGGUGAGGUGAAGUAUGUCCGUGAUGCUGAGGAGCUGAUCAGGCCAGAGAGAAACACUCUGCUGGUCUCCUUCACUGAUCUGGAAGGAUUUAAUCAGGAACUGGCAACCACCAUCCAGGAGGAGUUCUACAGAGUGUAUCCCUUCCUUUGUCGUGCGGUGAGGAACUUUGCUAGGGAUCAUGGGAAUGUCCCAGUGAAUAAGGAGUUCUACUUGGCCAUUCAGGACCUGCCCACCAGACACAAGAUCCGUGAGCUGUCCUCCCUGCGUAUCGGCUCUCUGGUGCGGAUCAGUGCACAGGUAGUGAGGACGCACCCCGUACACCCAGAACUGGUGAGCGGGACGUUCCUGUGUCUGGACUGCCAGGGGGUGUGUCCGGACGUGCCCCAGCAGUUCAAGUACGCACCGCCCACUGUCUGCAGGAACCCCGUCUGCAACAACCGCGCUCGCUUCCACCUAGACACACACCGCUCCAAGUUCAUCGACUUCCAGAAGGUGCGUAUCCAGGAGACCCAGGCAGAGCUGCCCAGAGGGUCCAUCCCCCGCUCUCUGGAGGUGAUUCUGAGGGCUGAGGCUGUGGAGACGGCCCAGGCCGGAGACCGCUGUGAUAUCACUGGCUCACUGAUAGUGGUUCCCGACGUCUCCCAGCUCAGCACCGCAGGUGUGCGAGCAGAGACCAGUUCCCGGGUAGGAGGGAGACAGGGUUAUGAGAACGAGGGCCUUCGUGGUCUUAAAGCCCUGGGUGUCAGAGAGCUGUCCUACAGACUGGCCUUCCUCGCCUGCCAUGUGGCUCCUACCAACCCCAGGUUCGGAGGGAAGGAGCUGCGUGAUGAGGAUCAGACGGCAGAGAGCAUCAAGAGCCAGAUGUCAGUUCAGGAGUGGGAGAAGGUGUUUGAGAUGAGCCAAGACAAGAACCUAUACCACAACCUCGGCACCAGUCUGUUCCCAACUAUACACGGUAACGAUGAGGUGAAGCGUGGUAUCCUGUUGAUGUUGUUUGGGGGUGUUCCUAAGACCACCAUGGAGGGAACGUCUCUCAGAGGAGAUGUCAACGUCUGCAUUGUCGGAGACCCCUCUACCGCCAAGAGCCAGUUCCUCAAGCAUGUGGAGGAGUUCAGUCCAAGGGCUGUGUAUACCAGUGGGAAGGCCAGCAGUGCAGCAGGUUUAACAGCAGCUGUGGUUCGAGACGAGGAGUCACAUGAGUUCGUCAUCGAGGCCGGCGCGCUCAUGCUCGCUGACAACGGUGUGUGUUGUAUCGAUGAGUUUGAUAAGAUGGAGACCAGAGACCAGGUGGCCAUCCACGAGGCCAUGGAGCAACAGACCAUCUCCAUCACUAAAGCUGGUGUCAAGGCCACUCUGAAUGCCCGUACGUCCAUCCUGGCGGCUGCUAACCCAGUCGGUGGUCGCUACGACCGCAGCAAGAGUCUGAAACAGAACGUCAACCUAUCAGCUCCCAUCAUGAGCCGCUUCGACCUCUUCUUCAUCCUAGUGGACGACUGCAAUGAGGUGACAGACUAUGCCAUAGCCAGACGUAUUGUGGAUCUGCACUCUCGCAUUGAGAACUCAGUAGACAGACUCUACUCUCUGGAUGAGAUCAGAAGAUACCUGCUCUUCGCCCGGCAGUUCAAACCCAAGAUCUCUGGUGAGUCAGAGGAGUUCAUCGUGGAGCAGUACAAACGGCUGCGUCAGCGCGAUGGCUCUGGGGGCGUGGCCACAUCUGCCUGGCGAAUCACAGUGAGGCAGCUGGAGAGCAUGAUCCGCCUUUCUGAGGGCAUGGCCCGCAUGCACUGCUGUGAUGAGGUCCAGCCAAAGCAUGUCAAGGAGGCAUUCCGCCUGCUCAAUAAAUCCAUCAUCAGAGUGGAGACACCUGACAUCAACCUGGACCAGGACCAGAACCAGGAGAUGGAGGUGGAAGAGGAGGGAGAGAACGGUCAUGACGUUCCCAACGGGGUGAAUGACCAGGAUAACGGGCAGGUGAACGGCCACACCCACGGCGUUUCCGGCCAAACCAACGGUGUGAAUGGUCAUGCUGACAGCAGCUCCAAGCCCUCGCUGCGUCUCACCUUCCCAGAGUACCGCCGCAUCUCCAACCUGCUGGUGCUGCACCUCCGCAGGGCCGAGGAGGCUGAAGAGGAGGAGGAGUUGAAGAAGAGUGCAGUGAUCAACUGGUAUCUGAAGGAGAUGGAGUCAGAGAUUGACUCAGAAGAGGAACUCAUCAACAGAAAGAGCCUCAUAGAGAAGGUCCUGCACAGACUAGUGCACUAUGAUCAUAUCCUGAUUGAGCUGUCUCAGGGGGGGCUGAAAGGGUCAGAGACAGAGACACAGGAAGAAGUUCUAGUCGUUAACCCCAACUACACUCUGGAGGACUAGACUCAUCUCAUCCCUCCUUUCUCCCCUCUAACUCCCUGCUCUUUCUAUGGGUUUAUGUCAGACUCCAAUUCAAGACUCUUGAAGCUGUUUUUAUUGAACAUUGAUCUGUGUAAUGACAUUUUAAACUUGUGGUAAGGUUUCAUUUCAUUCCUGCUUUGUAGACUUUUUCACAACUCUAUCCUGUUUAAAACAUGUUUAUUUCUAUUAUUGUAGCCAGGUGAGUAAUGUAAAUAUGUUGCCCUGAUUUCUCCAGAGCGUUUGCUGGCUUAUGGCUGUUGAAGUUUGUGUGUGUCCUCAGUUAACUUAAUGUUAAUCCACUGACAGUACCUCCCAUGUUAAAUGUAUGCUUACAACAAAAUACAAAAAAUGAAAGUCUACCUUUUGAUGCAUAUGUUUUAUAUAAAAAAUACAAAUAAGUGAGAAAAACAAAGAGAAGAAAAAUGAAAUGUUUGAUGCUGUUAAUGCCCUCCCUGUGGCCGGUGGUGUUUCACUGACCUCGUUAGAUAUGUCUCUGCAUCUUAGCUGCUGUGUGAAUGGCUGUACUGUGUUUAUACUGCGCUGGUCUCGUCAUUUAAUAAAGGACUGUCUUCUCCUUGUGAUUCACACACA